AAAACGGCCGUCGAAAUUUUUUGAACCAAUUUUGUUUUCUUUGGAAGACUCGUUGUCUCUCUCGCUCCUUCUUCCCCACUCACUCCCUCUUCAUUCGAAAACCAAGCUGUGACGACUUGCAGUCUCACCCAAAGUCUUCGACUUCUUCACUCCUGGUUCCAAUUUUGCGAUAGCCUCCGAAAGAUUCUCACUUUCUCAAAAACCCCCAAAUUGAAAAACCCUAGUCUUGAGCAAAUGAGCUUCCACGAUGCAACAAACCCCAAUUCGACUCAGAGGACAUGACUAACGCCAGAGCGGAGCCAAGCGGCAGUGGCGGCGGCGCCGGAGGUGGGUUCCACACGGUGCAGGCGGAGCGUGACCUAGAAUCCAAUUGGGAACUAGAUCUUGGAACAAAACUCGAAGAGUAUUUGCUGAGGAUUUGCUCCGGCGAAUUGCCCGCCGAAGCCGACGGCAUUGUGUCUAUUAAUUUCGCCGAAGCUGCUCUGCUACUUCAGGGUUCGGUUCAGGUGUAUAGCCGGAAGGUGGAAUAUCUUUACUCGUUGGUCUUGCGUGCUUUGGAGUUUCUUUCCCAAAAAAGCAGGCAGAAUGACCAAUCAGACGGCACAUCAGUUCAACCUGAAGAAGGUGGGAGUUCCAAUGCGGUUGCUGACGAAGAAAAUGAUAGGUUUUGGGGUUUAGAUGACAUUGCAGUGGAAGCAAAAAAUUGCUUAGACAGUCCUUCAGGCAGAGAUGUUCCUUCGAAUCCCUUUGUGAAGCCCCCAGCAAAUCUAGUUGUCCUUGAAGGUGAUUGCUUAGAUACAACUGGUGAUUCCGGAGAACUAGAGUCAUAUCUGUUGGCCACAAAUGAUCUUUACCAGGAUUUCAUUUUGUUAGAUCCAUGUGAUGCAGUAGCAGUUAAUGAUUAUUUGGGUGCGGAUGGAGUUAGUAGAGGACAAAGUAGUGCUUAUAGGGUCAGCUCAACUCGAAAAAGCUUUCUGUCUCCCACAGGACGUUCAGGAGGGACUGCACAUAAGUCACAAAAGUCCCAGAAUGCUAAUGUCAAUCAGUCUCCUAUGGUUGAUUCUCACUUUGAGGUCAAUGGUUGUAAUAUUGGGCCUGAUCCUCCUGGCUGCAAUAAUUUUGAUGACGGCACUCAUGGGUAUGAUAUGGAUGAUAGAUACUCGGAGCCUAGGGACUUGGAUGAAUUGGAUGAUGACGACGAUGAUCCAUGGAAGCCUUUGAAUCCACAUGAACCUGGGAAUUUAAAAGUAAAGCCUUUUAAAAAAGUCAAAGCUUUUAAAAGGAAAGGGGUUAAUUCUUCUAAGCAGGCAUCUAUGGCAACAAUGUUUCCACCUGCAAAAUUGCAUGGUACUAUUAGUCCAGAACUCACAGAAAUGUGGGAGAUACGACGUCAUGCUCAAGAACAGCAAAGGGGGUCCCAAUCUCCUCCAUUAUUUGAGAAGCUGCGACAAUCACUUAUUGAUGGAAAACAUGAAAAUUUUGAUGGCUCUUCUAAUCCUAUGAAUGGAAAUGACGAUGCCGAAUCUGAUAAUGACAUCCCGGGUUUUGGGCAACCAGAUGCUGACAUACCAGAAGAUGUACCUCUUCACAAUGAUGAGCACGAGGAUGGUGGUCCUCACUUUGGCACCGAUGAAGCUUUUGGAUAUGAAGAUCCAAACCCUCAUGCAAGCUUGGAAGAUUUAUGCCGUUCUCACCUAGAUGCUCUACUUGCUAGCAUAGCUGAAAACGAGAAGCAAACUGAACUGGCUGCUCGUGUUUCAACAUGGAAACAAAAAAUUGAGCACAACUUGGAAGAGCAAGAAUCACACCCUCCUUUUGACAUUCAAGACUAUGGUGAAAGAAUUCUUGAUAGACUAUCCCUUGAACCAGAAGAUAGAAAUGUAUUGCCCUUUUCUGAUGUCAUCAAAGGUCAGGGAAAGUAUGAUGUGGCCAGGAGCUUUUCUGCACUACUGCAACUGGUAAACAAUGGAAAUGUUGAGUUGGAUAGGAGUUUAGUUGAUGGUGGUCAGCCUGUUUGUUUCACAGCUGCCAAUCCUUUCCAUGUUCGGCUCCUAAGACAUGACAGAAGAAGAGUGGAAACUGGAUUUCGGCUGUCGAGAAAGAGAGUUAAGUCUCCAUUGAGGAAAGCAUGUAGAAAAGUCGACAAUGACAAGAAUGGAAUUGAGAAAUCACCAUUUGUCAAGUCAUCAUCAAAGACAAGUAAAUCAAAAAGAAGAUCUACUCCAACAAACUGCAAGUUGUCAGCCGGAAAGAAUGGCGUCACAGGGCGCAGUCCUGAUGCCAAGAGGAGAAAAAGUACUCGAUUUGUUGAACCACUUGAUGACCUACAUUCUCCAGGGUGACAUGAAUGUCAUGAAAGAGGUUCAACUCUUAUGAUCGAGGCCAUUCAACACUUUGCUGGACGGCUCAAAGCAGGGUAAGAAACCCUGAUCGUUGCGAUUGUAGUUUACUAACAGUGAAUGGUAGGAACCUGUAAUAUUUUUAAGUUAUUAACGUGAUGUACACAUUAGUAGUGAAAGAUCUGUAGCACAUGUAUCAUUAUUUGACAGAAAAUAUUCUUGUUUUGAUGCCAAUUUGUCAAUAACGCCAACGUGCCUUUUUCUGUUUAGUCAACA